AUGAUUUCUAACAUUAUUAAGGCGGUUGAAGAAAAUAUCAAAGACUCUGAUGCAGAAUUAAUAGUUAACGCACCUGAUAUCACCCCAGAUAAUGCUGAAGAGAUAUUGGAAGAGCCAGAGAAAUUGGAUAUGAAAGAUCAAACUGACAAUAUCCAAAGCAUUGAUAUUUACAAAGUACAACUGAAGCGUGACAGAUCCCUUAAAUCCUUUGUGUUAAGUAUACUAAAAUAUCUCUCAGAAGAUAUUCUUCGUGAAGAAUCAGACUUUUCAUCUAUUAAAUCUAAUGAUAAAGAAAUGAACGUGGAUGAGGAGAAUAAUGAGGAUGGGGAAGUAGAAUCAACUCUUCCAGAGAAAACUGACUCAACUUCUAACAGUAAGAGCAAAAAACGGGCUAAUGAGUAUACGGAUUUUUUAGUUAGCAAGAAAUCUAAGAAACAUGAUCUAGAUGAGAACUUUAACAUUUUAAAAAGACUUAUCCGGGAGUUGUCUUCUGAUACCACUCGAAUUUCAAUCACUAAUACUGAAGAGCGAAAUGAAAAGGCACGUUAUGAACUUAUUAUAACUUAUUACCACUAUGGAGAAGAACUAGAGAAAUGUCUUGUCCAUUAUAGAGAAGGAUAUAAAGAACAUGAAGCCCUAAAGAAGCUUUACGAUGAGGUUAAAAAUCAGCUUCUCAAAGAGGUUAUCAAAAAUGCUAUCCAGAAGAAAUCAAACAGGGCAAGGAAGUAA